AUGUAUCUUCUGGAACGCCUCGAGAAAGUGCAUAUUAUUAAUAUGGCUGGACUGAGGACUGAAAUUAAAAUUGAUAAAAUGCGGUUACCAUUGGAGUUAUCCAGGUUACUACCAUCGGUGUUAAGUUUCCAUGGAUGCACAAGAGGAAAAGCUUCGUCAAACUGGCCACUCAGACGACCGCGGUCAUAUCGGAGGCGAUUAUAUGAUGCUGCACUGGAGCCUAUGGUGCCUAAGGUUCAAAGUGUAUGCCCUUCAUACAAGGGAGUUCUCGACUCGAUUGCAAAAAUGAAAUCUUCUUACUCAGCAUAUGAUAUGGCAUUGGUGCAGCAUAUUCGACAAACAAUCAAAAAUGAAGGCUAUCAGGUUAUGGGUAUUUGUCAUAGGCUCGCUGUAAAGCAACGAACAGAAUGGUUGACUCGGAACCAAUUACGAUUAAAAGGGCUUGAAUUUCGAGAUUAUGGUAAUCGAAUUCUGAAGAAAGUAUUCGAAGAUACUCCGUUGCAAUCACUCAAUGAUACAAUACUUAUAGCCACAAACGCCCAACUUUUUGGCAAAGAUAUCAAUGCAAUUAAAGCAAUUAUAGUUGAAUGUGAAAAGAUUGACUGGCUGAUACCAAUAGCUGUUGUAUAUGGGUCUCAAAUAUUAUCGAUAUCGGAAGUGAAAGAAUUAUGCAAAUUACCAUCAUUAGAAGAUCAUCGAGCUCAAACAGUACAGCUGUUAUCGGUGCCACCUAACGAACUCAUUUCAACACUUAAUUAUCACAUUAUGGAUACGAUUAGAAUCCUGGAUUCUAUAAGGAAUGAAAAGAAACCAUUGUAACAUGAAACAAUGUUUUAACUCUUAUGUACAAAUUUCGUGAACCUUUAACUCAAAUAAAGCAUCUAUGAUAAC